AUGGAGAUCCUACGCGAAGCACCGGAUACCUCGUCGUUCAUACCGCUCGCAGAGCACCAGUCUCGAACCCCUGCGUCCUUCUACUCGGGGCCACCAAUUUUAUACCACUUCAGUGAAAGAUGUAGAGUGGUUAUCCUCGAGCGCGAUUUGUUAGCCUCUACAGCUUUGAACACUCUGCGUUCCUCUCCUGCAGCGGGUUCUUCAAAUGGCUCUGCAGAGGGAGAGCACAACACCGCAUCCGUCGCAACAGCAGAGGCCGAGGGGAUCGCGGACGAUAAAGAGGCGUCUCUCCAGGCUAUCAAUGUUUGGGUUACUUCUGAGAAACUAUUGCUCUUUUCAACCGAAACAUCCAGUGGUAUCGCGAUACCAUACCCAUUAAUCUCGCUACAUGCAAUUCAACGACUCCCGUUGCCAAGCUCCGCCGAUAAUGAUUCUGUGCAGGGGCUAUACAUGCAGCUUGCCACCGGUGGUGGAGACGAGAGUAUGGAUGAAGAUGCGGACGAGGAGAGCAUUUCACUUACCAUAAUUCCUCUGUCUACUCCUUCUGCCCAAUCUGCCGACAACUCUGCCACAUCUGGCGCCAAUGAUGAUCUAGAGGAAGAUAAAAAGACACAGUCUCACAUCGAGGCUCUCUUCGAAGCCGUAUCCGCCUGCUCAAACCUGCACCCAGACCCUGUCGAUCAUGAUGAUGAAGAUAGAUACGAAGACGCGGAUGAAGGUGAGGAAUUCCAUCAACAGCUCCAAGGUAGUGCGUUAUUCCGAAGUGGUCUGAUUUUCCCUGGAAACAACACAGGCGGUUUACCUCCAGCCCUCCCCGGAAGUGGUGGUUGGAUUACUGCAGAGAAUGCUCACGAGUAUUUUGAUGAGGAUGGAAAUUGGAAAGGGGGAGAAGAGGUCCCCUUGGGGGCCGGGGCUGGUACCGUGAGGCCGCGUGCAGAUGACGACGUUGGGAUGAAUGAGGACGAUGCUUCAGCUAACGAGAAUGGCACCCCCGGGGACGAAUCGAAGUGGCGCAGAACGGAGUGA